AUGGAGUCUUACAGAAGUGACAUUGAGGCAUCCCUUGCUACCUCUCCUUCUGAAAAAAUAUUGACUCCUUGUGAAAAAAAAUCUCCUGUUUCUGAAUUUCUCAAUGAUCUCUCUCCCAUAAUGCCAUCCAGAGCGAGAGCAUCAUUGUGUAAACAAAGGCUUUAUGAGACCAGUUUUACAUCGAAUUCUUCAUUACUUAACUCACCACAUUUAAAUAUACACCAACGACCAAUAAACUUAAACUUCCUUCAAAGAGAUGAAAUUGGUGCGUCAAGUUCAAAUGGUUGCUACCAAGAUGAUUUUAUGAUCAAACAUAGUGAAUAUCAUACUCAACAUGAUGAACAAUGUGGUGUUUGUUUCAAUGCCUCAGAAGUGACCAUUGGAAAAACUAGUGAUAAUGCAAAUGAUGGCGUGGUUGAGAUUUCCGAUGAUGAAAGGUUGGAUAAGAUGUUGGAUAUUUCAUCUAAAAACAUUCGGGAACAUGUUGAAUCUGAUGAAUUUAUGGAACAUGUGGGUCAAGUUUCGGAUUCUAAGCUCACUUUCCUUGGUGGAAAUCAAGCCAUGUCGAUGCAGCUCCCAUAUCAUAUUCUACCAUUAAACCAUUAUCCCUUGAUCUCACCAAUUGUGGGAGUUGGUGAUUGUGCUGGUAGUGAUCACCAUGGAGCUUGUGUACCAUAUCCUAUUCUACCAUUAAGCCAUGAUCCGUUGAUCCCACUAGCGGGGAGAGUCGGUGAUCAUGUGGAUAGUGAUCACCAUGGAGUUUGUGUACCAGAAAAUAUGGAGGAUUCUCAGAUAGGGUCAUGUUUUCACCAAAUCGGAAUCUCUUGUCAACAAUUUGGAGAUAGGGUUGACCAACUAUCCAAAUCCAAAGAUAGCUCAAAAAGGAAGAGGGAUAGAAAAACAUCCCCAGAUGAGACUGAAGCCUGUAAACACUGCAACUGCAGAAGAUCCAGAUGUUUGAAACUUUAUUGUGAGUGCUUUGCAGCAGGAAUUUACUGCGAGGAUUGUUGUGCAUGUGAGAAUUGUUUGAACAAGCCAGAUUAUGAGGAUAUUGUUCUUGAUAUUCGACAUCAAAUCGAAUUGCGUAACCCUCUUGCAUUUGCUCCACCUAUUGUUAACCCAUCCAAUGAUUCUCCUAAUGUGACUGGUGAUGAAAACUUGAUGAACACUCCAUCAGCCAGGCAUAAAAGGGGAUGCAAAUGCAAGAGGUCAAAAUGCCUAAAAAAGUACUGUGAGUGCUAUCGGGCUAAAGUUGGAUGCUCUGACGGAUGCCACUGUGAGGAUUGUGACAACUCUUUUGGCAAGAAGUCAGAAUCAAUGUUCCAAAGAGUGGAAAAACAACAAAAUCAAUCUCAUGAGGUGUUGAAUACAACACAAGUUAUGUCUGAUAGCACUUUGGUCGGGAUUACAAAUCCGUUUUUGUCAACAUGGGAAAAACUUGUUGAUAAUAACCAUCUCACUGUAUCAACACAUCCUUAUUCAAGAGAACAUGAUAUGAGGGAUUGUCAAAAUGUCUCACAGGUUGAAUCAGAAAAGGGAACUAGCUUUCAUUGCUACUCCUUUGCCUUGAGUCCUAAGCAACCAUGUCGAAGUAAGGAGAUUGAUGAUAUCUAUGAGAUCAUGGUAGAUGGUUUUCCUAACUACCUCAUGGAAACUUCCAACCCCAUCAACACAGUGAACUUUGGCUCGAGUUUGGGGCUCUAUAAUAGUGAAUGACUUUGAUUGUUUUUGGUAAUAAAAUUUUGCGUCUUGUGCCUAAUAAAAUUGGUGAAUGCAUAUCCCUCCAAUUAUGCUAUACUACCAGAGGCUCUGAUGCAUAUAACCUUUGUAUUUGCGUGUAUUUUGAUGUUGCUAGUUCCAUUCGCUUUCUUUUAAUUAUUUUGCUUUUAUGCGUCUCACUUUUUCAAUUUUAUUUUUAUUUGAGCUCAUUUUUCUAGUUUAAUUUAUUGUAAGGGAGGGAUUUAAGCUCAUUAUAUAGGAAUGC